UUUUUUUUAAAUUAUUUUAGGUAUUUUUGAAUCAGCGCAGUUCGCCAGUUUUUUGUAAUACUGAUAGUUUAUACCUAUGAGCCAUGUUGCAGUAGAUCAGUUCAUGAAAUUUUAAACCGUGACAUGUCAGUCUCAGAUAUUGUUGGAACUUGGUAUCCGUCCGGUUAUUACGGACAUUUUCGAAGUCGAACACGCAAUGACAUUUUACAAGAUUACAGACAUGCAGCGUCCCCAACACCACCAUCUAAGUUCUAUAAUCGUGUUCGGAAAUCUCCAAACAAACACUUAUUUUCAAACCACGACAAUAGACAUUCGUUUCCCACUGACGCAAGCUAUUUUGACACGGGUCUUGGGCGGCGAAAAGCAAACCGGUCAGUUACUGCGUUUAAUCCGGAACUAAUUGCUUGGAUGCCUCAUAAAGAUGAAAUCGCAAAAGCUGGAUCUGUAGUCUCGUUAUACAGAGUUGAUUUUCAAGAAGGUGAUAAAAAAGAGUGUAUUCCACAACGACUUUCCCCAAGGAUACGAAAGAGAAUGGCAACAAUGGAAACAGUUGAUGCAAAGUUGAAAUGGAUCACUGACUACAAGAGACAAUAUAGUCACGGCCAACCGAACCCUCGAAUCAAUACGGACUUUUGUACAGGACUGGAAUAUACCAAUGGUGACCAAAACCGUCGCUCUCAUCAAGUGUUAAACACUACAGGUCGAUUACCAACAUCCAUGCCCGCAUAUUCCGAUCACACACGGAAACGAACAAAAUCGGCUCCGAUGCGAUACAGCGUUGGUGAUUGUUUGGUUUGGAACGCGGGAGCACCGAAAGUACAGCCAUUGUACCGAAAAAAGCAGCAACGAAUUACAUUACAACAUUCAACAGAAAAUAAAGAAGACAAGAGGCAAAACGUUGAGCAACCUAAAAUAAGCAUGACACCCGCAGCCACAACCAUCAGUACAUUUAACCCGAUGGAGGUUGACCACGGCAGGCUACCAACAAUCACAAAAACAGAAGUGCUUGUACAAUAAAAUGUUCCAUAUAAAAUAGCUUAUUUUCGUGUUUUUCGAAAGUUCUAAACAUGCCCACAUUUGGUAAGACCCAAUACAUAUGUUGAGUAUUUCCUUUGCUCUGCAUUUCACAACCUAACAGUGUCAAUAUUACCAACUAUAAUGUGUAGCACAUUUAUUGUAGCAAAACUGUAUUUUCUGUGCGUUUAAGUGCUGCCACCUUUGCCAAAUAAAUGUUAGGAAAGAUACUCACAGAGUAUAUGUUGUGUUACCGAUGGGUGUAUUGAAUAUAAUUCGAUAAAAGGUGCGUGUUAAAUCUCAAAUCAUACAAUAGUUAGGAUGUAUUAACAUACGAUGCAAGCCUGCAUAGUCAACAAACAUUUGCCGCAAGCAUUUAUAAAUUUACGCAUACAGGAUAUCAAAAAUCAUCUUCCGGUGUAUAUGGUACAAGCGUUAGAAUGUCAGUAUGUUUACAUUAUGAAAAGCAUGUACAUGAUAGUCAUUGAGUGAAAAAAAGAAUUAUUUGCCACAGGCGGUUACAGCAAAAAGAAAAACUAUUAUUAUUCCAACCCGGUAGUCUUAUGAACAGAAGCCGUGUUUGAUUGUCUUUAAAAUGUGCAAGUGCUGUAGCUGUUACGAAUUUCAGUGCAAGUUGUUUGGUUUUUACGACUGCAAGGCGCAUGACUUUUAUGUAUCCCAGUGGGGAGAAAACAAAAUUUUGUUUCUGUUGUACCGAGUGAUUGUCUUUUUAUAUUCACUCGCGUGGGUGAUAGCCGACGUAUCUGUGUAUCAUCAACCACGGUAUUGGAUUUUUUUGACGAAUUGGACCGAAGUGACUGGCUGUCUGUAUUUUUUUACGGCGUUGUUCCUUGCCAUCUAUGGAUAUUUCUCUACUAAACGUGAAGUUGACCGUGAAAGAGGAGCAAAUUGGGGAAGCGCUAUAGUCUGGAUUCUUAUUAAUGUGGCAUUCAGUGCAGCGUUGGUGACUGAUUUGUUAUAUUGGGCCCUUCUUUCAAGUGGAACCAACCCAUCACGGCUUGCAGAACCAUUUAAUGUGCAUUCCCAUGCAAUAAAUCUACUGUUACUAAUCAUUGAUAUUUUUGUAACAUCAUAUCCGAUACGUUUGCUACAUUUUAUUUAUCCAGUUGGAUAUGGAUUAGUUUACACUUCAUUUUCACUUAUAUUGCACGGUACUGGGUUUACGUCCGCAAUUUACAGUUUGUUAAACUGGGCGACAUCACCAGGUAUUGCAGCAGCUGCUUGCUUUGGAGUUAGUUUUAUUGCGAUGCCUUUAUCGCAUUUGCUACUGUGGGGUUUGUAUCACCUUCGUACAUUCAUUGCCCAUAAACAAGGCUGUAUAUCUGAUGUUGAAGAAACGAAUUUGGAAUCCCAUGAAAUGGGACACGUAAACCCAGUAUACUCCAACUAACGCACAACUUAAAAUGGCAACACUGUCGCUCUUUUACGCUAUGUUUGUGAGUAUUGUUUACGUAUUUAUGCAUAUUUUAUUUCACAGAAACGAAACGCGUAAUCUUUCCGCGUCACGCUUUUAUAAUGAAAAUAGUAAUAACAAAAGAGAAAUUACACUGCAACGAUUUGUUA